CUCACUUUUCUUUUCGGGCAGUCCCGAAAUUAACUUCACAUUUCAAAACUUUCCUUAUUUGUCAAAUAAUCUACAUGAAAAAAGUGUCAAACAGUGCCAAAAAGUGUCCAAACAGUGUCAAUCAGUGUUUAAACAGUGCAAAACAGUACACUCCACAGUAAAGUCAAAUUUAUUUUCUUAAUCUGUGUGAAGUCAAACUGAGAAGUUCACUAUGGGACGGAGGGAGUAGUCAGUUGCUUCACUACGUACUUCUUCGGUUUGUAAUUGCUUCACAAUCUGACCCCAAGUGACUCUCUAUCUGUGAAAUUUUGAUUAUACUAUUAUAGUCCAAUUUACGUCUUGCUUUAUACCCAUUUGUUGUUGGGGGGACCUAAGGGAAGCAAUGCCCGAAGCCAAAUCGGGGAAGUCCCGUGCGAAGCCAAGAAGUGCAGAAGCCACCCAACCUACAUUUUUUCAAAGUUUGUUCGAGUUCAUGCUCUCAGGUAAAAAUGGCAAGUUGCCUUUGUCGUUCUCGCGUUUUUCCUUUCCCAGGUGCCGCCGUUUUCCGCCGCUUCUGUUUUACUUCUACAAACUCCGACCACCUCAACGACUACGACUUUGCCUCCGACACCGCCACACUCAAACCUACUCUUCCCCAAAUCGAACCCUCUAACGACGCCGAUAGGAUCGCUCAGAUUCUUCUCCAACACCACAAUCCCUUUCACCCAACGGAAUCAUCGCUUCAGCUCACCGGCAUUUCCCUCUCCCCAUUCCUCCUCCACCAGACGCUCCUCCGCCUCAAACACUCUUCCAAAGUUGCCCUCGCUUUUUUCAACUUCUCCCUGUCCUGCCCCGGCUCCCCACUCGAUGCCACCGCCUUCAACCUCCUCAUCGACAUCCUCUCCAAAGUCCGGCAAUUCGACGCCGCCUGGAAGCUCAUAGUCCAGAUGGACCAGCAGAAGAUCUCCCCCAAUUUCACGACUUUCUACGUCCUAAUCCGGAGGCUCAUAUCUGCUGGGCUGACACGACAAGCCGUUCGCGCCUUCAGCGAAAUGUUUGUCUUCAUCGAUGAACACGGGGAGGAAGACGUCUGGAAUUUGUACUUUUGCUAUCUCCUCGACACCCUCUGUAAGUACGGGUACGUGAGAGUGGCUACUGAGGUGUUCAACAAAGAGAAAUGGAGGGUGGAGGUGAACUGCAAGAUCUAUACAAUCCUGAUUUACGGCUGGUGCAAGCUGAAGAAGAUUGAGAUGGCGAAGAAGUUUUUCGAGGAGAUGAUCGCUAAAUCUAUCCACCCAAACGUGGUGACUUAUAACGUGUUGCUGAAUGGGAUUUGCAGGAGAGCCAGUUUGCAUCCGGACGGCAGGUUUGAGAGGGUGAUAGUGGAGGCAGAGAAGGUGUUUGGUGAAAUGCGCGAGAGAGGAGUUGAGCCUGACGUAACAAGUUACUCGAUUUUACUCCAUGUAUAUAGCAGGGCACAUAAACCUGAGCUCUCUCUAGAGAAGCUGAUGGAAAUGAAGGAGAAGGGUAUAUGUCCAAAUAUAGCAUCAUACACAUCAGUCAUCAAGUGUCUAUGCUCAUGUGGGCGGAUUAAGGAUGCAGAAAAGUUGCUUGAUGAAAUGGUGAGUGGCGGGGUGACUCCCAUAGCAGCCACUCUCAAUUGUUUCUUCAAGGAAUAUAGGGGCAGAAAAGACAUUGAUGGUGCAUUGGGUUUGUAUGGUAAAAUGAAGGAUGGAUCCUUGUGCGCACCAAGUGAGGCCACAUUUAAUAUACUGUUAGGAAUGUUUGUGAACUUGGGGAGAUUAGGGCUUGCCAGGGAGAUUUGGGAUGAUAUGAAGAACAGCAGUAUAGGUCCGGAUUUGGAUUCUUACACCUUGAUGAUCCAUGGACUGUGCAAGAAAAAGAGAUGGAGAGAUGCUUGUGAGCUGUUUAUGGAAAUGAUAGAGAAAGGGUUUCUUCCCCAAAAGGUUACAUUUGAGAUGUUAUAUUCAGGGUUGAUACAGUCUGAUAUGUUGAGAACUUGGAGGAGGCUAAAGAAAAGGCUCGAUGAGGAAUCAAUAACUUUUAGCACAGAGUUUGAAGGGUAUCUUUUAAAGCCUUACAGGAGGUAACCACAAUCGGAUGCCUGUGGAAGUUGCUUGAGAAGGGUAUCAUUUUUUACAUUUUCUUUCACUAAAAGCAGCAAGUUUUUGCUCACUUAAAUGCCUCAGAAAAAACUACCAGUCCCACCUUUCCGCGAAUUUGCCAAUCCUGAGCUUUAAAAUUGACAAUUUGACUCGAUUUGGCAUUAUUGGAUUUUUGGUCAAAUUUCGCCAUGUUGGUAGAAGAUGCGGGCUUAGUACCUCCCAGUCUCCUCAGCAUCCACUUCCCAUGUGACUAAAAUUGCACCCAACGUUUCUGGCAUGUAUACAUGUGCGAUGUACGAACUCAGAGGCAGCCCAUGAUAAAUGGAAGCCGUUUAUUGUAUUUUUGUAGGAGAUUCCUAUAAUAAGUUAUGGCCUUAUGGGCCAUAAUUAAUUUGGUUUCUGAAUUUAUUAUUUGUUCCAAAAAAUGUUCCUAUCUUUAUGGGUACAAAUGGCUGUAUAGCCUAAAAGUAGGCUACAGUAAAUAAAUAACUCAUAUUCCGUAUUAUUUUUAAUAAAAUGUAUGGCAUUUUAGAGAUUAAUAUAUAAAA